UUACUGUUUGUGAUGAUCAGUUGUUACACGUGGUUGUUAUCAAUGAACGAUUCCACAUGGGGUAAUGCAAAUUGCACAUUUUUGAAUUUUGAAUAGUCAAAGUUUGAAUCAUUUAAAGUUUCGAUGUGUUAUAUAUCAUUUGUACGUAAUCUUCAUGGAAUUAGAUUCAUUAAUUUUUGAAGACGACGUCUUCGCAGAACCUGUUCGUAUAGAGAUAGACGAAAAAGACGAGGAAUUGAUUAGGGAGAUUGCCUAUAUAUUAUAUUUCAAUCAUAGAAUUUCUCCGACUAGAAGAGCUCUGGCGGAUGAUCUGGCUACUCUUUAUGCCAGCACCGAUGGUGGACCUGUAAAAGAGAGUAAAGUUCAUUUCGCAAAGUAUAUGUUCUUAAAAUUCGCCACCGCUUCGUUCUGCGAGUUGGUGCUCUACAACAAAGAAACCAAGACUUUUACUGUUCCUGAAAUCGUUGAUAUCAACAACCCGGAUUUUAUAAUCGACUUGAACUACCAUUUACGAAUCACGUCGGUGUUUGGAAGUGAAACAGUCUUCUUUGUUAUGAUCAUAUUACAUGGUGAUGACAGCGUACACAUACUUAUUUCAGGGAGUGCUGGGAAACAGUUACACUCGUCGGCGAUUAUCGAGAAUGAUCCCAGAGAGCUUCAUCAGUCCUGUAUAACGGAAUACUUCAGAAAGUUAUGGACUGAUUUUGAAAUUAAUUUCUACUUUCCUAUUUUUCAGAAAUUGCGAUACGAUCAAAUACUUACCUGCAGUUCUGAAUCGGGAUCAGGGUCAGUCCUUGUCUGAAAAAGCUCGGAUACGUAGAAUAAGAACUUAUUACUUUACUCGGGGCAAUAGAUGAUCGUGUUGAUUAGAAUACCUACUUGUUUGUUAUUUGUAAACAAUUUUUCAAACUUCGUACUUCGGUGAAGAAUUUUUGGUGGUUUCAGUUCUUAAAUCAAAUCAGCGUUGAAAUUCAUUUGGUUUUGAUUCCAGAUUAUUCCUGCAUUAUCGAAAUUAUUGUUGUGAAAAACCCGAAAUGACUGAAGUAGUUGAUAAGGUGUACGACAUCGUAUACCCAAGUCCUCCGGCCUUGACAGAUAUCUCAGCCAUCGUAGUGGCCGUCCAGCUAUGGCGUUUACACCUUAAUGAACACAUUAAAAAAUACUAUUUCUCUUUGGGAUCUGUUCCGGACAUCACCUUACGUAAAAUUAUUCCUAACGUUCCAACAGUCAUUGAUUACCUAUGUGGGAAAUACGCGAAAAAGCUCAUAUACUCGACGAAAGACUGGAAGAGGUUCCAUUUCCAGGUUAUAUUCAGCCACCACCGUAGCGACGAAGACGACAUUUUAAACGAUUUCAAUGACAUUGUUGGUGAUUUCGAGGGAUCUAUUCAUUACGUUCGAACUGCUCAAAGGAUGAUGCGAUGUGAUCGAAUUAGUCUGGAGGAAAAAUUUAGGAUCGCCUGUGUUUAUUGUUUUGAAGACGAUAUCCGGAGAAUUUGGCCGACUAUGUCGCAAAAAAUGAAUUUGGAGGAGAUCAAUUUUUAUGAUUGUCAUUUGUAUUAUUGGGUGUGUUGCCUUAGACAUGAAUUGGAUAAAAUACCAAAUGAGGAAGGUAUUCCUGUUGAUGAUCUAAUGCUGAAUCUUACCUCAUCUGAUGCUAUAUCUUCGUUCGAUUAUUUUUGGAGUCGUGCGAGCUUAGAAAGUCGAUACCAUAAAGCUAUACGUUUAUUUAUGAAUGGCUGUGUAGAAUUUUGUGGCCGGUUUGUUCUGUCGAAGUUGAACGAACUACAGCUGAAUGAGUUUAUCACUGAGAAUGGAGGCGAUAUGAUUUACUUCAUGUUAACCAGUACCGAUUAUAAACAUUACGUUCUUCCAAUCUGGAUGUACAUAAAGGACAGAAUAGAUGAAUCGAAUUUUACCAUUAUAAUAGAAAGAAUGUUAGACAAGGAAAGCACUCGCCGUUACGCCGAGGAUGCAUCGAUCGAAAUAAUCGAAUAUGCAGAUUUGACGGUGUGUUGUGAAAUUUGGCGCCUUGCUCCGACCACUUUGAAACGAUCGGUGACUCAAAACCUCUUGCCGAACGAAGAUAUGUAUCGAGGAGCUGGAAUACAUCCUAACCGUCCUGGAGAAUUCCGACUCUUGAUUACAAUCCUGCUGGAUGCCACUGCAGAAGAGAGAAGUGCUUUUUGGCGCAAGAAUUGGCUUAAUUUACUCGAAUCGAAGCGAGCUUCAGAUUUACAUCAAAUUAUGAAACUCUGCUUCGUGAACGAUAACGAAAUCAGUGAGUAUAAAAAGAACACGAUGUCAAGAUAUGAAAAUCUCAGCGAAACAGUCUUCGAAUGUUUCAAUCAUGGUUUUAUCAAAGAGUUGAGCAAUAUGUUGGAUUUUUGCUGUGUCGAUAUUCGUAGCAGCAACGAAUUAAAACGACGAGUUUUAGAGUCGAACUUCCUUGGUGAACAUUCUGCUCUAUACAUCAACGUUAUUUGUGAAGCGAAAGCGAUGCAGGAGUUUAUCGACGGAGCUCACGAUGGCAAUGCUCACCUAGCUAAUGAAUUCCGAAGUAAAUUCGUAUCUUGCCCAGACAAUGAAAAGUGGUUACUAUGUCACGUUAAGAAUGGUUAUUUUAGAAAGGUGAAGGAGUUCGUUGACUCGUUUGCGUCGUAUGGUCAGAACGUAGACAGAUUGAAGGAAAGGUUCAUUGAAGAAUUGAAGACCUAUCUGAUCGAAGGUACCAUUUUGCGCAUGGAUGCUGAAUGUUUGCAGGAGUUUCUAGUCUGGAAUUUGGGCGAUGAAGACCAAGUUACCAAAUUCAAACAGUCCAUAUCGCCGGAUAAAGUAUUACGCAACAUGAUACAAAAUCAAGAAUCUGAUGAUGAUGAAGAUGAUGAACUAGAGCCGUGUGCGAAGCUGGUGAAGUAUCCUCGUUGCCUAGACGAGUUCCUGUUGUGGUAUUUUUGCACAACUGAGAAGAUAGACGAGUUUAAGACUAGAUUAGCCGAUGUGUUUGAGAUGAUCGCUCCUCCGACCCCAAGAAGAUAUUAAUUCGGUUGAUUUGUGGUAACCAAAGUCGAACAUGCUUAUAGUAUUCGUAUAUAUUUGUGCUUAAUUUUUUAUUGUUUAAGCUAUUGAUUUACUGUAAAUUAUUAAUUUUUUACAAAUUUAUCUACGUAUAAUUACUGUGAUUUACAUUUAUCGUUAAUCGUUAACUUUUAUGUGAUAUUAUGUGAAAUUUGUUGUUUUUUUUUUUGUAAACUAUAGUGAAUACGCAAUUCGAACUAGUAAUAGUUGAUUUUGAUUUAGAAAUUCUAUACGGAUUACGUUAAUUAUUGUGGGAUAGUGAAGGCGAUCGGAGGUUUACCUACUGCAUUUAUUUUUUAAAACAAUUAAUUUCAUUGAACUGAUUUUAAACCAUUUCUUUGUUAUAGUACCUAUAUAUUUUAUACUUUUUUAAAAUUAAAUUCUGUUAAAGUAAAUCUUUCAUUUCUGUUUGAAAUCAUAUUGGUACAUUUUUUAUUUAAGAAUUUUCAUACUUUUUUUACCUAUUUGUUUUCUCAUGAAAUUAAAUUAUUGUGUGUAAUUAA